CUUCUUCAGAAGCUCAGACCAUCGAUGAUGGCGGAUUCCGAGGAAAAGCCCAUUAAUGGAGUCGAAGAGAAAGGAGAGGAUACAUUCAUGGAAGGAGUUACUGUGUUGGAUUUUGAUAUGCUUUGUGCAACUGUGGCAUUGCAGACGCAAGGGUUUUCGAAGGAGAAAUGGGACAAAUUGGAGGAAAACAUCCAUGGAAACGGUAUGGAGAUUGGUGGAGUCCAAAGGAUGUGGGAAGGUGAAGUCCUUGAUUGCUUCGUAGACCGUCGAAUCGCCAUCGAAACGGCUUGCUGCCCAUGCUACAGAUUCGGGAAGAACAUGGGAAGAGCUGGUUUUGGUUGUGGUUUUAUUCAUGGAGCUGUUUAUUUUGUUCUUGCCGUCACUGCUCUUCUCAACUUGAUUGCCUUUGCUGUCACCAUGCGGCGCUGCUUUCUGUAUUUGGUACUUGCUUUCAUAAUUUUGGCUGGAACAUAUUUGGGUUUCUUCCGUACACAGAUCAGGAAACAGUUCCACAUAAGGGGUAGCGACAGUUGUUUGGAUGACUCUGUCAACCAUCUGAUCUGCCCCUGUUGCACAUUAUGCCAGGAGUCCAGAACAUUGGAGAUCAACAACGUUCAAGAUGGCAUCUGGCGAGGCCGAGGUGACACUAUAUGCAUUGGCAGCUAUGGCGAAGGGAGCAAAGGCUUCUUUGAGCUGCGGCAGCCUCCUCUAAUCCCAACCAAAUCCCCCGACCCCUGCAGCAUGCAGAAAGCGACAAAUGGUAGCGAUCACUCGUGGAUACCUGAUUCCGGCCAUUCCGACCCACUGGUUUCUCAAUAGCAAGAGUAACUGUGUACUAUAUCUCUCAUAUAGUGCCCCAUUUCCAUCGCAAGGGUGGAAUGGAAGUGGUAGCUUUUUAGUGUGUAUAUUGUUACUUUAUGGCCUUGUGGGUUGGUUGUAAUGCCCCAUCUGGGCCAGAAUUUGUUACAGAACUUGAGAAUUGUUGCCCUGAAUGGCCUGAUGGUCUUCCAUCAUUUAGUUAGGUGGAGUGAAAUUAUGCAAACGUGAAGGGUGAAGUGACCCUUUUAACCUGUGUA